AAGGAGAACGCACAUUGUAAAUAUCAACGCGAACGUGUAUGAAAGUCGGUUAAAGCUCAGCGACAGUUAAUAAAACGAGGCCUUGCUUCUUUGUGAUAGAAAGAAAGAUAAAUCAUUCCAGGAGUGUCUGUCCUUCCCGGUUAUCAGUAAAAAUAAAAUACAAUUUCUUAUAUAAAGUUUAAUUUUGUGUUAAAUUCAUCUCGCUCAUUAACCACCUAAUGUAGGAUCAGUAUCCACAAACUACAAAACUCAGGCACGUGAUACUUCACACCUACUUACUUAAAUAUAUAAUGAUCUCGAAUAGCGUGAAGGUAGAAGAUAGAAGACGUGAAAUCUUGUUUUAAAAUCUGAUUGGCUAAUUCAAAUAGUAACUUUUAAGGAAGUGGGUGAUUAUUCGUACAAAAACAAGUCGAAAAUAUAGAACAAAAUUUUUGUGUACGACCUUCAGUUAUCGAGAAACAUAAUUUUGAAAAUCUGCGGGAUGCGAUACACGUGAUGGAAGGGGGCUACGAGCCAAACAAAGUUGAGAAACACUGUACAAAAGGACUUAUCGUUAAUAAAUAUUUUGAUUUUCAUAUAUAUGAACUUAUAUGAACACCGAUUGUUAAUCGAUAAUUUGCUCUCUAAGUUAGGACUAGAGAUUUUAAUAGUUUCAAAAUUCAUCAAUACAUCGCUGACAACAGCGAACCUAAUGACCACUUGUAAAUUAAGCCCAUGAUCAAAUUGUCUUCUAAAAUCAACAGCCAAUUAAAAUACUAUACAUUCGGUAUCGAAUAUAGUUUCAUUGUAAUAAAUGACCUAUUAAUAUUUAAAUUGUUGAAGCCUAUUAAAAAAGUAGAUCAAAAUUUCAAGUCCGUCGCAAAUUUGUAACUUUGUUACUCCUUAGCACUCGUUAAAAAGUUAGAAAUCUAUAUAUACUGUUUUCAAUGUUAAUAAAUUUAUAGGUUAUGACAUUCACAGUACAAAAUGUACAUGGGAAGAGCGAUUUUUAAAUUUACGAAAAAUUAUAACGUUUCGUAUUUCAACUUGAUACAGCAACAACGAAAUUUACAUUCGUAUCGUGCAGAAAAACAUAACUUUCCUUUGUUAAUUUUAACGAAUAUAUCACAAUACUCGAGCGACAGUCCGUUAAAAUGUUGGAAUUGUAAUUUUACAUAUAAAUCUGAUCUAUUUUGCUCUAAAUGUAAAAUCUUACAAAAACCACCCGAAAAUGUAACUUAUUUCGAAAUAAUGGGUAUUCCGAAAAGUUACGAUCUAACGGUGACAGACGUUCAAAGAAAAUAUAAAGAACUUCAAAAAUUAUUGCAUCCUGACAAAUUUAGUAAUAAAUCAGAGAAAGAAAAGCAACUAUCUGAAAAUUUAUCAUCACUGGUAAAUAAUGCUUAUAGUACAUUGUCACAUCCAUUAAAAAGAGGGCUAUAUAUGCUGGAAUUAAAUAACAGAACAAUACCAGAAGAAACAGAUAAUAUAAAUGCAGAAUUUUUAAUGGAAAUUAUGGAAAAAAAUGAGGAAAUAGAUGAUGCAUUAAAUGAUCACGAAAAAAUAAGAAAGUUGAUGCAAGAAAAUGAAGUGGUGUUAAAUAAUUUGUCAAUGGAAAUUGCAGAUGCAUUUCGGGAAAAUGAUGUCAUAAAAGCAGAAACUCUUCUUAUACGAAUGAAGUAUUAUGAUAGUAUACAUACUAGAUUAAAGAACUUAAAACGUGAUUUAGGUAUAAUAGAAUGA